CAAAAACGAAACACUUUUGAUUCACUACCGUCUCUUUCGUUCGUGCCCUACCCGAAACAAGCUCUCCCUUUUCCGGCGUCUCUCACAAGUUCACCACUGGCUGACUCUCCGGCGCCUCCCACUCAGUUGACUCUUCGGCGACUCUCCACUCGGCUGACUCUCCGGCGCUGACAGCUGCUGCUCCUUCAUCGGCUGAAGCUUCUGAAUCGAGGUGUCGAGGAUGAAGUAGAAAGGCGGAGGAUGAAGUAGAAAGGCGGAAGAUGCAGUGUGUGCAUAGUCUCAUCCAAAUUACACAAGAUUUACUUCUUUUUUUAAGCUCAAGGCAACACGAAAAACACUACUCAUAUUUUAGUGAAAUGACACAGAUUCUUCAAAUAUCAUGAGGCACCAUUACAUGAAGGAUGUAAACAUUUCAUCGCUGAUCUUGGUGACCAGAAUGCCAUUGUUGCAGUUUCUGCUUUAGCUAGAGCAAUGAAGGAAAUGCAUAAAGUAGCCAUUCUAUGCUGUGUGUGGAGGCAAGGGCAAGGAAAUGUUGUUGUGGGGGUUUUGACACCAAAUGUUUCUGACAAUGAUCACGUGGAACUGAAGCAGUUCAAUGAUUUCUUGCACCAGCUCUACAAAUUCUGCCUGCAAAACGAUCUUCGGAGUUUCUGCGAUUUCCUUGCCACCAAAGUGUUCACUUUGAUCUCCAAGACCAAAGCCACAGACAGCGACGUCACAAAGGAAGAGGCUAGAAGCUUUUUGGUGAAAAAGCGAGCUGAAGCCAGAAUGAGAAUUUAGUUUCGUCUCUUCAAUGGUCAUGACGAGUAGUUUCAAUCCCAUGAUCAUGUCGAUCAUUUUGUCCGUUGGGCAAGAUUAUUGUAAAUAGAUGGCGAUGAGAUCAUAUUUAGCAGUAUGAUGUUUAGCUAUUUGUACAGUUUGUUCUGCCUGUGCUAAAUCUCAAGGGUGAUGGGGUCUGCUGGUACUUUAAAUUGUGUAUAAGUUGAACAUUCUUUCAGCCUCCUAAAGAUCUCUCCGCACUCCUUA